UGAACUUUCACCCCAAGAUGGCGGCGCCCGUCGGUCCAUUGAAGUUUUGGAAACCAGGCACAGAAGGGCCUGGUGUCAGCCUCUCAGAGGAGAGACAGAGUGCUGCUGAAAGUGCUAGCGUUUCAGUCAUCUAUAACCCCUAUGUUUCCCUUUCUAUUGAACAACAGAGACAAAAGUUACCAGUUUUUAAGCUUAGAAAUCACAUCCUUUAUCUGGUAGAGAACUAUCAGACACUGGUGAUUGUUGGAGAAACAGGAUGUGGGAAAAGCACUCAAAUUCCCCAAUAUUUAACAGAAGCUGGCUGGACUGCCGAAGGACGAGUGGUAGGAGUAACACAGCCUCGCAGAGUUGCUUGUGUUUCAAUUGCUGGCCGGGUAGCUGAGGAAAGGGGUGCUUUGCUGGGUCAUGAAGUUGGAUACUGCAUACGAUUUGAUGAUUGUACUGACCCACAGGCUACAAGGAUUAAGUUCCUUACUGAUGGGAUGUUGGUGAGGGAAAUGAUGGCUGAUCCAUUACUAACAAGAUACAGUGUCAUCAUGUUGGAUGAAGCUCAUGAAAGAACCCUGUAUACAGACAUUGCCAUUGGAUUGUUAAAAAAGGUUCAGAAGAAACGAGGUGACCUUCGUUUGAUUGUAGCAUCAGCCACACUGGAUGCAGAGAAAUUUAGGGAUUUCUUUAACCAAAAUGAGACCAGUGACCCAAGCAAAGAUACCAGCAUGAUCCUUACUGUGGAAGGGCGAACAUUUCCAGUGGAUGUCUUCUACAUUCAGAGGCGCAGACUUCAGUGGAGGAGGGCUUCGGGAACCUUCCCCCGUCCCCUUCUGCACCGGCCAGCUGGAGCAGACUUCAGACGAGUGCUACGGGGACUCGGUGGAAUCUUCAUGCUUUUCCUCCCCUGGAAUCUUAGUCCUUCCCUUCCCCCUCCACAGAAGGGAUAUGGGCAAACCUGGCAGCACCUUCAUGCCCUCUCUCCUCCUCCACAGGAGAUGGACAGUCCUGUUCCAGAUUAUGUGAAAUCCACUGUGGAAACGGUCAUGAAAAUUCAUCAGACCGAAGGUGAUGGAGAUAUUCUGGCAUUUUUAACAGGCCAGGAGGAAGUAGAAACAGUUGUUUCUAUGUUGAUAGAACAGGCUCGGAUCCUUGCUCGCACAGGAAUGAAGAAACAUCUCCGUGUUCUUCCUAUGUAUGCUGGGCUGCCUGCUUCUGAGCAGAUGAAAGUGUUUGAGAGGGUAUCUCACAACGUUAGAAAGGUCAUAGUGGCCACUAAUAUUGCGGAAACAUCCAUUACAAUCAAUGGCAUUUCAUUUGUGAUUGACUGUGGCUUUGUGAAGCUCCGUGCCUAUAAUCCAAAAACAGCAAUUGAGUGUCUUGUGGUUGUCCCUGUAUCAAAGGCAUCGGCUAAUCAGAGAGCUGGUCGUGCAGGCCGGAACUGUUCAGGGAAAUGCUACAGACUUUACACAGAGGAAGAUUUUGAGAAGUUGCCACAGUCCACCAUUCCUGAAAUGCAGCGCAGUAAUCUUGCACCAGUCAUUUUGCAGCUCAAGGCUUUAGGAAUUGAUAAUGUGCUUAGAUUUCCCUUCCUCUCUCCUCCACCUGCUCAGUCAAUGGUUCAGGCUUUGGAGCUACUCUAUGCAUUAGGAGGACUUGAUAAAUAUUGUUGUCUUACUGAACCACUUGGAAUUAGGAUAGCAGAGUUUCCAUUGAACCCCAUGUUUGCGAAGAUGCUGUUGGAAUCAGGGAAUUUUGGUUGUUCCCAGGAGAUUCUGAGCAUUGCAGCCAUGAUGCAGAUCCAGAACAUUUUUAUAAUUCCUCCAAACCAAAAGUCACAAGCUAUCAGAGAACACAGAAAAUUUGCUGUUGAGGAGGGUGACCAUCUCACCAUGCUCAAUGUCUAUGAAGCUUUUAUAAAACACAACAAGAGUUCUCAGUGGUGUCAGGACCAUUUUCUCAAUUACAAAGGCCUUGUCAGAGCUACAACUGUGAGAGAACAAUUGAAAAAACUCCUUGUCAGGUUCAAAGUACCAAAAAAGUCUAGUGAAGGGGAUCCGGAUCCUGUUCUAAGGUGUAUAGUUUCUGGAUUCUUUGCUAAUGCAGCCAGAUUUCACUCUACUGGAGCCUACAGGACUAUUCGUGAUGACCAUGAACUUCAUAUCCACCCCACCUCAGUGCUGUAUGCAGAGAAACCUCCUCGUUGGGUCGUCUACAAUGAAGUGAUACAGACCUCAAAGUAUUACAUGCGAGACGUAACAGCGAUUGAAUCGGCUUGGCUACUGGAACUAGCCCCUCACUUUUACCAGCAAGGAACGGUACGGGCUCGGCAUAGAUUCCAAACGCAUCUUUCUCUGAAAACCAAAAGAGCCAAAGUAGAUGACCACUGAUUUGCCAUGGCUGUUGAACUUCGCAGUGUGUGAUGCUGAACCGGCUGCCGAUUUGAAACAACUACUCUCCAUCUAACAAUUAGUUGAUUAGCAACCUCACCCCACAUCAACUAUACAUGUUGAAAUGCCUGCUUGGCAGGAUUCUGUAGGGAUUUAUGCAUGACCAAUACAUUGUAACACUUUAGUAGAGCUUGCUUUGUGGACAUUUUAUCCAGCAGUCUAACUGUGAUGACCACCCUUGUUUACUAGGCCAUUUACUUCUUUUAAAUUCAGUAGAAAAAGUAACAAUACUAAAUGAGAAAUUUUGCAAGGUGUGAAUAGUUACAUUGACCUUUGCAAUAGAGAGGGAAAGGGGGAAGAUGCAGUGUCCUCAGAGAGAGGAAGUAGAGCUCAGGAUCCUUUAGACCACUGUGAAAGCUGUUGGCCAUUCUGGACCUACCUGCAACUUGUAGGCAGAUUCAAGACCACAAGCAAAGCCUUAAUGGAUUGCAUUGAAAACCUUCAAAACUGUGAUUGUGCCUAACUGCUGUGAUGUUAUUCUUCUCUCUUUCUCUCUCUCUGCUAUGAAGCAAUAGAUUUUGAGCUUUUUACCAACUGUCCCCUGAUUUUCAUCCGCCUUGCAUUUUUAAAAUAUAAUAGGUCUGUUUUUCAAAUGAACCCAUUUCUAUAAAUAUAAAAUGUGUUGACUCACACCAAGAUUUUCACUAAGGCUAAGCUCUUCUAGGAAGGAGGUAUAGGGCAGGAUGUGCAUCCUGUUCACAGUCUUUAAUUACUUGGGUUUCCUUUCAGAAAAAGAAAUAAGGAACUUGGGGUCAGUAUUUGGUUUUAGUGUUUUGUUAUUGUGAAUCCUGAAAAUCCUCUGUACUGGGUCUAUGGCCUUGCAAAGUGUUUCUGUGGUAUGAGAUUCAUGAUCACCACUGGUAAGUCAGUUAUCAAUCAGAUGGUGCUGACUAUAUAUCAGGGAGGAGAAAGAGGGCCGGGGGCAGGGUGACCAUCUAUGAGAGAGUUCUCUUUUCUUCUGAUGGAGGGUGAAAAAGUUAAAGGAGUCCUCCAAUCUGGGAAGCAGGAAAGCUGCCCUCUGUAAGGGCAUUAAGCCCCUUUGGCUCUUAAAAUCUUCCAUGUUAUUCCAGACAAAAAAGCAUUCCUUAACCUGGUGCUGAUGCUUUGUGAUGCAUGCCAAUGAGAAUUAGUUCAUUUCAGGGGUUCAUUUCCCUGUAUGUAACAUAGAAAUGGCUUACUUUCAAAAUGCUCUUGUGUGAUUUAAACUGUUGGUGUUGUUUUUUAAUCUUAUUCCGGGUCCCCACUUGGGGGCCUAGAGGGAAAACUUGUACUAUGUAGGAAAAUGGGCCCCUGGAUAGGGUCCUAGUGGGCCCUGCUGGAACUUCUACUAAGGCAAUAGGAGGAUGUUGUCUCACCCAGGAGCUAAAGCCAACUGAUACCUUGUGUAGGCUGUCACGGAGUCAGCUCUGCCACUACUGGAAGAGCUGACUAGACUGUUAAAGGACCCUCUCCAAUUGUGUAAUCUGAGACCUCUGCAAGGCUGAAGGAUAAAGGUUCUGCUUAUAACAUAUCCUCUGUCCCAGAGGAUGAUGGCAGGGCCUUCGGCCAGGAGGACCCUGAACAAGGCAUUGAUUGUCCUGUCCCCAAGGACGUAGCAUGUCCCUUAUCAGAAUGUACCACUGCACAUUGGUGGACUGGAGGGCUAGGGGCAUGAGGCUCUUGGUCAAAGUGUGUUUCCAUGAUCCUGGAAAACACAUCUAUAUGCUUCCCUGUUCACUUUUACUGAACCAUUGUAAUCUUUACAACUAUACUGAGACUGCCUUCCUCAAAGGCAAAUGGUGGUCAAUGUAGCAUGCACUGAUAAUCUUGCAUUGGCUCUCUUUCUCCUGAAAAUCUCUCCCUUGUAUCAGUGUUAUAGUUUGGGAUAAAUAUAUAUUUAUUUUCAAAUAAUUUUUAUUUCAGGAGGAUGUAUUUUGAUUGUAUGGAUCUGUCUUUGUUUUUAGAGCAUUGCUUUUGCUUAAUGCCUUGUUCUCUUCACUGUUUUUAAAUGUAUGUAAACAAGGGCUUUUUUUAUUUUACACAAAAUAAGCAUUUUCUUUGCUCUGGUUUUGUAUCCUAAGUCACUUUUUCAAAUCUUCCUUGCUUUCCUCAAAUCUAUAGAUAAGUUUUUUCCUGUCAGUGUGUGGUCCUCCCAGUGCUGUAUAAAUCACCAGUUUAACAACAUUUCAUUUACAACUCUGAAUUUUUGAGUCAACCAUUUCUCCCUCUUCUCUUUCUCUCAGUGUGUGAGCUCUGUAGAGCUGGGGUUGUCUUUAUUCUUGUGUACUCUGUAGUGUCCAGAAUGCUGGUGACGCUCCAUAAUGGACAUCUGACUUACUUCCAAAGCUGUGUUGUUCCUUUAAAGGAGCUUUAUCCUGGAUAAAGUGUGUAAAAGUCUGUGUUGUUUUGUCCUCUGGUAAUUCACUUAAGGGAGGGAGGGGAAUAAAGUUGUGGUAUAAAGAA